AUGAGGGAUGAAGAAAACAGACUGUGAUUGACUAUGUGGACCAUCUGGGUGAUCUUCUGGAUUUCAACUGUCCCGAUCAAAGCUAUUCCGCCUGUCUGUGACCUUCUUAGCGUCCUGAAAAGGGAGGAAGAAAAGUGUGUGGAGACUCUUUUCCUGGAGGAAAGGAACCGAACAACUGAAAAUGAUCUGCUCCUGAGCUCAGGCAGAUGUCCUGGAAUGUGGGAUAACAUGAGCUGCUGGCCUUCAGCCACUGUGGGACAGACUGUCAAUGCUCACUGCCCCGAAUUCUUCCAGAUGCUGACUGGGAAAAAAGGUUUUGUGUACCGAAACUGUACCAGUGAGGGCUGGUCAGAGCCGUACCCGAGACCCGACAUUGCUUGUGGCUACAACGUCAACGACACAACCAACGAGGCCAGACGUUCCUAUUUCAUGACCCUGAAGACCAUGUACACCGUUGGAUACUGCACCUCCCUUGUGACACUGAUGCUAGCCUUAGUGGUCCUGGCUUCCUUCAGAAGGCUUCGUUGUACAAGGAACUACAUCCACAUGCAUCUCUUCACAUCGUUCAUUUUGCGAGCCUCAUCCAACUUCAUCAAGGAUGCUGUCCUGUUUUCCUCUGAAGACAUAAAUUACUGUGGGGCAUACACGGCUGGCUGUAAGCUCACCAUGGUCUUCUUUCAGUACUGCAUCAUGUCUAACUACAGCUGGCUCCUGGUGGAAGGACUGUACCUCCACACUCUCCUGGUGAUUUCUUUCUUCUCGGAAAGGAAGUUCCUCUUGUGGUUCAUCGCCCUCGGAUGGGGUGCCCCAGCGGUGUUUGUGGCUGCAUGGGCGACUGCCAGGCAAAUCCAUGAAAAUAUUGGGUGUUGGGACAUUAACACUGAUGCCAAUACCUGGUGGAUCAUUAGAGGCCCCAUAGUUUUGUCUAUUUUUAUUAAUUUCAUUCUCUUUGUCAACAUUUUAAGAAUCUUGAUGAGAAAACUCAGCUCCCCUGAAAAACGAAGCAGUGAUUUCAACCAAUACAAGAGACUUGCAAAGUCAACACUGCUCCUCAUCCCUCUCUUUGGGGUCCACUACAUCAUCUUUGCUUUUUUCCCCGAGGAUGCAAGCAGCGGCACAAUGGAAAUUCAGCUGUUUUUUGAAUUGGCUCUUGGAUCAUUCCAGGGCUUUGUUGUGGCUGUACUUUAUUGUUUUCUUAAUGGUGAGGUUCAGCUGGAAGUUCAGAGAAAAUGGAGGCAGUGGCAUUUGAGCAAGCACUGGCGUCAGCAUCUCAGCACCUCAGCGAGUAACGGAGGAAGCGGCUUGACUCAAGAGAUGCAGAUGGUGAGGUCCAGCCCAGCAGAGCACAGGAGAGGAACCCUCCAAGGGUCAAGUGUGCUUUAGCCCUGUGCACCUGAGGGCACCUCCUCCACGCUCAGGUACACAUGGCCGAGUCCCACGGACGGAGCUGGGAGUCUUGUGUCCACAUCCAAAGCGGGACUUGGCUGUAGAUCAGCAGCUCUUGGAGCACAUCUGUUCGUGUAUAUCCUGUGCAGCACCACCGUUAUUUUGCAAAGCAGAAUGGGCCAAGAUAUUAUGCUCUUCCUUGAGCCACAGUAAUUUGUGUUUCUUUCCACACCUGCUGCUAGUUCUACCUUAAAUGUGACCUUUCAUUUUCCAUGUGGCUCUCCAACGUGUUCCAGGCGAAGUCAGGCUGGUGGUUUUUUGAUGUUCUCUAUUGCUCCUGCUGCAGAAGCUGGGAGAACAUUGAAUUUUAUAUGAAGAGGGUUACAUGCCAUCCUCCAUGGGUUUGAAAUGCAAAAUUAAUUAAUGCCUAGAAUUUAUCAAGGUUCAAAUCCUUUCUGUUGUGGUGAUGGACACUGAGAACAUAAGGCACAGCUGAGCUCCAGUUUCCUCUCUGACUGCAUAUCUAUUGCUCCAGGGACAGUAGCA